AUGAUGGAGCUUCUUGGAAAUUAUCCACCAAUAUUUGUCGAACAAUUUCUCUCUUAUUUUGGUAAAAAUACUGCAUUACCACGUCGUUCCUAUGAUUUUAUUGUUGACUUAACACGACCCACAGAUAUUUUUGAUGUAUUAAAAGCUUAUCCAAUCCGUUUUCCACUUGGCAAAGAUGUUUAUGAUAACAAAUUGGGUGAAAACAAAGAUCGUUUCGUUGUGAAUGUUGUUGGACGAUACAAUGUGGGCAAAUCAUAUAUUUUACGUUUGUUAGCUAAUAUUGAUCUUGGUGAUUCAUUUACAGAACGUACAAUAGGAGUUAGUGUUUCAUUACCAUCACCAAAAGACACUAAUGGAAUACCAAUGGCAUUAGUUGAUACAGCUGGAACACGAACACCAGUACUCUUUGAUAAUGAAAAUUUUGAUAAUAUAUCAUAUCAACGUCAAGUUAGUGACUCAUUUAUUCAAGAAGUAGCACUUAAUUCUGCUGAUAUUUUUGUUUUGGUUGUUAAUCAAUUAACAUUGGACGAUCAAUUAUAUUUAAAAACAUUAACAAGAAGGUUAAAGGAGAAAGGGUUUGAUGAUGAGAAGAUCAAACAACGAUUAUUAAUUGUGCACAAUUAUUUUAAUCUUAAUACAGCAGAACAAAUACAAAGUGUCGAACAAACUGAAUUGAAAAAAAUGUUUUCCGCAAAACAAAAUGAAAAAGAUUAUUGGGUUAGUAAGAUUUAUAAACAUUUCGUAUUUGCUAAUAAUAAUAGUCCAUUUGGAAAAGCAUUUAACAAGAAAUCAAUUGAAAAUAUUCGAACAAUGAUUAGUGGUGCACAUGGUGCAACAAAUCCCGAUGUUUUACAAAAAAUUAUUCAAGAAACUCAAAAUUUACUUAGAACAGUUCUUAUCGAAGAAGAAUUAAACAAUACUACAACGAAUUCAGAUAAAACACAAAAAAAUAAGGGUUGGUUUAGUUACGUUGUAGCAGCAGCUUUUUGGCGAAGUGAUAGUAAAGAGUUCCACGUAGAAAAUAAACGACAAGUUCAAAUUGAACUUGAAUUGAAAAAUGUCACGUUUGAACCUAAAAUAACACUUUGGUUCAUUUGUCCGAAAGCAAAUCUUUCAAAGAAUAUUGUUUUAUCGAAAAAUUUACGCUUUCAUGAAGAUGGUUCUGUGUAUGUGGAUUUUUCUUCUCAGUUUGUUCCGCAAUUCGAUAUUAUUCGUCGAAAUAAAGAAGGAGAUGUUGUAAUCCGUCUUGAAUGUCCAUUAUGUUCAAAUGUGACCGUUCGUCGGAAAGGAAUGACAUCCAUUCUUAUUGUAGGAGAAAAAAGUCGAGGAGAAAUAGAAAAUGAAUAUUUUAAUACACGUCGUAUUGGCAAAUUUGAAGUAGAGGUUUCGUUGGAUAAACUUAAUAAUUCACAUAAUGUAAACAAUAACCUUAUCUUGGACUUAAAAUCAAUGAAAAAGAGUAACUUAGAUGGUGUUAUACAAAUCACGAUUCCAAUCGAUACAUCAGUUGAUGACCAACAAGUUUUUAAAGAUGAACUUUAA